GAUAAUAUAACAAAAAAUGUAAUACCGUUACUAUGCUAUCUCAUUUCAUGAACUCCUUCCCGCCAGCUUAUUUUUUUUUAUUAGAUUACGAUUAAAUCUCUUCCCUUUUUCGCAUCAGAUUAUUGCAUAAUCAGAUUCCAAAAUGCAGAUCACAAUGAGUUUAAUGCAGAUUACGACACUACAUAAAUAUUGACCCACAUUUUUCUCAAAACCGAUUACAGUUGAAGCAACUGCUAUAUCACUGUGCAUCAAGUUUGAGACGGCAUUGAGUUUAUAUCAAUCGCAUAGAAUUUGCAAUUUUAGAUAGUUUUUGGUCGCAUAUUAGAAUCGGAAUUGAUCGAGAAAUCAAGGCAAUUUUUAUGGCGACGAAUUCGAUGAGCGGCGCCGCCCUGCUGCCGAUCGCCGUGACUGAUUCAGCGGCGGAAGCGGACGAGAAGCAGUUGAAGGCCUCCGCCAUCUCUAAGGCCGGCGCCUAUGCCGCCAUCUCUUAUAUGGCUUGCGCCGUGCUCUUGGUGAUGUUCAAUAAAGCUGCUCUUUCUUCAUACAGCUUCCCUUGUGCUAAUGUGAUUACCCUUUGCCAGAUGGCAUCUUCAUGCUGUUUUCUCUACGCACUAAGGCGCUUAAAGCUUAUAUCGUUUAGUGCGAAUGAAUCUGGAGGGCUCACUGAUAAUUUGGUAUCGAUGAAGACAUUGAUCUCCACUUCACCUGUUUCUCUGACCUAUUUAUUUUACAUGCUAGCCUCCAUGGAGGCUGUUAGGGGAGUAAAUGUACCAAUGUAUACUACCAUAAGGAGAACUACAGUUAUCUUUACAAUGAUUAUUGAGUUCGUCUUCGUGGGGCAGAGGUAUAGUCGCCCCGUUCUUGGAAGUGUGUCAUUGAUUCUAUUAGGUGCUUUUGUUGCGGGAGCCCAUGACAUGGCAUUCGACCCCCAUGGCUAUCUAGUGGUUGUGUUAGCCAACAUCUCAACAGCAGUGUACCUCACAACCAUAGCUCGCAUUGGGAAAUCUAGUGGACUCAACAGCUUUGGCCUAAUGUGGUGCAAUGGAAUUUUGUGCGGACCAGUUUUACUGGUCUGGACCUUUGUACAAGGUGACAUUGAGACGACAAUGAAUUUCCGGUAUUUGCUCUCCCCGGGAUUCCUGGUUGUAUUGCUAUUUUCUUGCAUUUUGGCAUUCUUCCUCAACUACACCGUGUUCCUCAACACGACUCUGAAUUCUGCUCUCAUGCAGACAAUCUGCGGUAACUUGAAGGACUUCUUCACCAUUGCCUUAGGCUGGGCGAUUUUUGGUGGGCUGGCGUUUGAUUUAGUAAGUCUCGUCUCCAAUUCACUCACUCCGCUCUCUCUAACAGCUCUGUUUAUCCUUACACUGAACCCCCGUUGCAGCUGAACGUGACCGGGCAGCUCAUCUGCUUCGUUGGCUCGGGAAUGUAUGCCUAUUACAAGCUCACUGGGAAGUGACACUGUGAUCCCUAAACAGUAUUUAUGUAGGGCUGAUGAUAGAGACUCCAUUAAAGUUUUAGGAUGAGAUAGGAUAUAGCUACAUGUGCUUUGAUGAUAUAUAUAUAGCAACUUCUCCACAUUUAGAUUUAGUGGAAGGAUUUUCAGCUGAUCUGUAGUUGCUUAGUCCACAUUUUUGUUUUUUUAAAACUCUACUUUUGAUAGUGGUGUGGUGCUUGUUGAUGAUGUAACAGAAUUUUUGGUCUAUGUCUUUUCAUGUACCAUUUCAUUAUUUA